AUGCCUAACAUCCAGACGACUUCUUCAACAAGCUCUCCGGUUGUGGUAUCUACGGUUUCUAGUGAGUCUAUUCUUCCUGCUAGGACGAAGCGACUCUUUGUGCCCGUUCCUGAGAAGUUUGCUAAUAAGCCAACGGACAAUAUACGUGACUGGUUUGAAGCUUAUGAGCUCUAUACCUACGGUAAUCUCUAUGAUGAUCGUGCUCGUGCCCGUUUCCUGGGUGCAUUCCUUACUGGUGAUUCUGCUAAUGUUUGGAAGACUCAGUGCUCUAAGGUUAAUUACGAAGCUGACAAGGCAAUUCUCAUUAAGACUUUUGAGAAGUGUCGAUUGCCUGAUGAAGCUUGGAGUCGGUUUGAUAACUACCAGUGGGAUCGCAUCCAACCAUUGUCGGUUUAUGCAGCUGCCCUGUCACGAUACUUGAACGAGUACAACGACUUGCUGAAGCCUGAUUGUCGACUUUCACUACCUGCCAGAGAGACUCUUUUGGUUGAGAAGUUAUCUAAGUUGGCUACAGGCGCGGCGAAGGCUGAGAUUCGUCGGGCCCGUCCUCGGAGUGCUGCCGAUGUUUGUGACCUUUUGGGUGCCUACGUUGACAACAGUGAUCAGACUGGUAUUAAUGCUGUCCGUUCUAUAGAACCUAAGUUAGAUGCCAGCAUUGAGAUGUUAUCCAAGCUACUUGGUGCCUUUGAGGGUGCCCAGUCGCGACAAGUUGAGCAGUUUGAUCGACUCUGCGCCGUUUUGGGUAAUCCACAGCCAAAAGGCCAACCUAAUGGACAAGCA